CUUAUUUUGAAAAAAGGUUCCGCUGUUUCUGCACACUAACUUGACUCGUGUGCUAACGCGAACAAGGCGAACAAUUCCAAAGUUCCACAGUCUAGUUUUGUCACAAAUGGGGCGUCAUAAAUGUUCUUAUGGAUGUGAAAGCCCUGACGAGAAAUAUUUCAAGUUUCCACUGUUCAACGAGAGAAGACUGAAGAAAUGGCUGGCCAACAUGAAGUGGAAGGAGUGGACGCCUUCUCGCUUCUCUGUGCUGUGCAGCAAACACUUUGAGGAGCAACACCUGGACAGAAGUGGCAAAUGUGUCCAGCUGAGAGAAGAUGCAGUUCCUACAAUCUUUCCACCCCAGGAUGAGACCAAAAAGAUGCAGGCACCAACGACUCCAAAAAGUAGGAGACGGAAGCACAUAAGCACAAAAUCCUCAAAUACGACUACGACCACGCCUGACACGGUCGAGAGCAGCGUCGCGGACGACCCCCUCAGCCACGAUGACAGCGACCCUGCCGGACACGUGGAGGACCAACCGAAGCCCAGCAGGUGGAGCAUCAUUAUGGACGAAGGCCUCAUCAAGAUCACCUCUUUCCCGCACUUUUUCCACGGGGAUUAUUGCGCCUCGCAGGAUGUCCAGUGGGCUCCUGACGCGGAUGUGAUGACUUCCACCGAGGAGACGGCCUGCCAAGACCCCGAGAAGGUGAUCCAGGUGAGCGAGGCGUGGCAGUGGCUCAGCCUGGACGUGCGCGGGCCGCUUCCGGCGACGCGCAACGGCCACACCUACGUGGUGACGCUGAGCGACUGCUACUCCAAGUGGGUGGAGGCCGCCCCCGUGCCGGCGUUCCUUCCCGCGCACGUCGCCAAGCACAUCGCGGACACCAUCAUGCACUUCGGCUUCCCGAUGUGCGUCCUCUCGCGGCUGCCUCGUGACAUCAUUCGCCAGAUCAACCAGGAGCUCACCAGUCAGCUGACAAUCUCCACGGCGAUCGUGAUCUAUCACCCACACGCCGGCGCCACUGAUGAGAACACACAGCAGAUGAUUGACAGGAUGGUCAGAGAACUCGUCCAGGAGCACGCGGCUGACUGGGACGUAUACCUACCCGCCAAGGUCUUCGCCUUGUGCUUCCAAGAACAUUCAACUACAAAGCAGCGACCCUUUGCGAUGCUCUGCUGCAGCGGCCUGGAACCCGUCCACAUACCACGCCCGCUACGCUACACCAACGUAGAGAUCCGAGAGAGCACUCUAGUGGUCAAAUAGCAUUAAAGCUCUCAUCUGAAGGAAACUGAAUCACGGUCGUCUUCCGGAGGACCUUUCAUCAUCAGUUGUCUUUGAAUUUUCCUCAAUCCUGUGGGAAAUGCUUUUUGAAAAAUGAAAAAUGAAAUUUUACUUUGCACUGCAACAAUUUUUAUUGUUUUAUUGUUGUUCACUUCUCACUGUCACGUCACCUAUUGGAUUCAAAUUGAUAUCAAAUACAGGGAGUAUGUCUAUUUCAUGUCCAGAGGUAUGAGGUUUCAAAUGUAACUUUAUAUUGACACUUUUUAGAUAUAUAUUUUGAAUUUUUAGCUGACUUGUGUCACACUAAUAAUUUUUAUUAAGCCAGAAAUUGAACUGUGUUUAUUUUGCCAAUAAACUAAAUGCUAAAUAUUUUUUUUAUUGAAAUGGAAAUGUUAAAUAUAAAUCAACCCAGCUGGAAUUGACAGUCCUUAGCUUUUACUUUUGCAAUGAUUGUGUUUGCCUCUUUUAUUCUGCCAUCUGCUGGCUGAAGUUCUAACUGCAACUUUGUCGGUGAAGAAUGAAAAAUAGAAUAAUACUGAUAGCUCUAAGAGUAAAC